GCCCGCCUGCCUGCCUCCCUGCCUGCCCGCCCGCCCUGGGCACCGGCUGCUGGCCGUCUCCUCCCAGCCGGCUGGCCGCUCUGGGCCUCGCCCCCUGGCGCCGCGGCCCUUCGUGCUCCCCGCCUUCCCGUGGGAUCCUCGGCCCUUUCUGGAGGGGAAGGGGCGGGAAUUUCCCCUCAGCAGGGAGCUUCUUGCAGGGAGAAGAAAGAUGGAAAGUAAUGCAGUUCUACUGGAAUCCAAGUCCUCUCCCAUCAACCUGCUGAAUGAAAUGCAUCAGCUGCGUCUCCUGGGCCACCUCUGCGACGUGACUGUCAGCGUGGAAUACCAAGGGGUCAGGGCAGAGUUCGCUGCUCAUAAGGCUGUGUUGGCAGCCACAAGCAAGUUUUUCAAGGAGGUGUUCCUUAAUGAGAAAGGCAUGGAUGGCCCAAGGACCAAUGUGUUCCUGAACGAGGUCCAGGUUGCUGAUUUCGCUUCGUUUCUUGAGUUUGUCUACACUGCUAAGGUAGAAGUGGAAGAAGACAGGGUGCAGCGUAUGCUGGAAAUAGCUGAAAAGCUGAAGUGCUUGGACCUUUCAGAAACCUGCUUCCAAUUAAAGAAGCAGAUGCUUGAAUCGGUGCUGUUGGAGCUGCAAAACUUCUCAGAAUCACAGAACUCCGAGGAAGAGGGCGCUGUCCAGACAGGCGUUUUGCUGGAGUCCAAAGCAGCUGCUGCAGCAGAGGCUGACCAGGCAGGGUGUCCUCUGGAUCUUCCCAGCUCCCCGGCAGGCAGGCCCAGCAACGGGGUCUCUCCUGAGAUGCCAGCUGCCAAAUCAAAAGAGAAAAUGGACAAAAAGAAGGAAAUGCUGAAGCCUCCUUUUGCCAAAAUCAGGCGGGCAAGUGGGAGACUGGCUGGGAGGAAAGUGUUUGUGGAAAUCCCAAAGAAGAAAUACACGAGGCGGCUGAGAGAGCAGCAGAAGAAUCCAGAGGUCGCUGCUGAAGACGACACGUACCCUCAGAACCAGGAUACAUGUGAUGUGGAGAGGGAGGAGGAGCAGGUGGAGAGCAACGUCAAACCCGAAAGCGAGGAAUGCGACAGCAACCUUGAAUCAGAAGAAAGCCUGAAGAAAUCCGAAGAGGAUAAAAGGAAACGGGGCAGUAACUUCAAGUGCAGCACGUGCGAGAAGGAAUUCCUGUACGAGAAGAGUUUCCUGAAGCACAUCAAGCACAGCCACGGCAUCGCUGCCGAGAUCGUGUACCGGUGUGACACCUGCAGCCAGACCUUUGCCAACCGCUGCAACCUCAAAAGCCACCAGCGCCACGUCCACAGCAGCGAGCGCCACUUCCCUUGUGAGCUCUGCGGUAAGAAGUUCAAGAGGAAGAAGGACGUCAAGAGGCACAUUCUCCAGGUUCAUGAGGGUGGUGGGGAGCGUCAUCAGUGCCAGCAGUGUGGAAAGGGGUUGAGCUCCAAAACUGCCUUGAGGCUCCAUGAAAGGACGCAUACAGGCGACAAGCCUUAUGGGUGCACAGAGUGUGAGGCUAAAUUUUCUCAGCCUUCUGCACUUAAAACACACAUGAGAAUCCAUACUGGAGAAAAACCUUUUGUCUGUGAUGAAUGUGGUGCCAGGUUCACUCAGAAUCACAUGCUUAUAUAUCACAAACGGUGUCACACAGGGGAAAGGCCUUUUAUGUGUGAAACAUGUGGGAAGAGCUUUGCCUCAAAGGAGUACUUGAAACACCAUAACAGAAUCCAUACUGGAUCCAAACCGUUCAAAUGUGAGGUUUGCUUCAGGACGUUUGCCCAGCGGAACUCGCUCUACCAGCACAUAAAAGUUCACACAGGGGAGCGUCCCUACUGCUGCGACCAGUGUGGGAAGCAGUUCACGCAGCUGAACGCGCUGCAGCGGCACCACCGCAUCCACACCGGGGAGAAGCCCUUCAUGUGCAACGCCUGCGGACGCACCUUCACCGACAAGUCCACCCUCCGCCGGCACACCUCGAUACAUGAUAAAAACACACCCUGGAAAUCCUUCCUUGUAAUUGUGGAAGGAGCAUCUAAGAACGAUGAAGGUCACAAAACGGAGCUUCCUGAUGAAGAAUAUGACGUGUCACCUAAAAUCCCAGAGAAGCUGCUGUCCUUUUCAGAGAACGGCCACUACCAGAGCUUGGCAGCUGUCCCCGGGAGCGUGACCGCGCUGCACGACACGAGCUCUGCUGCCGGCACGGACUGUAAGUCUGACGGGACUCCAGGCCCCCAGGAAGCCCUGAUGGCCACCACGCUUAGUGAGCUGACAGUGCUGCAGACACAGACAGACUCUCUUCAGCCACAGCUCCACACUCUGGUGAAUAUGGAAUAAUGUGGGAUUUACAAAUCCCAUUGGAGCUGCGCCCUUUGUAUAAUCCCUUGACUUUGCCAAUGACCUCCUGAGGGAACUAGGGGAAGCUGUUGUAACAGGGAAGCAGGGCUAGAUGUGAAAGACAUGCACUGGAUUUCUACAACAUCCUCCAAAACUCCGUUACCCACCUGCAAUGUGUACAGCUGCAUCUCUGCAGGUAGGGCAGAUUAACAGAACACUGGGGAGGUGGCAGAGGAGGCAGAAGUCCCAGGAAGCUGACAAGUACCAGGAUGUUCAUUCUAGCUGGUCUGCAAUGAAAGCAAGUCCCUACAUCCCAGUGGGUUGUACAGAAGGUGGGAGUUUGAUUUCCAGUUGAUUCAAUGAGACCCGUACAAUCAGGAGAAAUGUUGUGUUCCUCAGCCUUGUAGCUUUAGUGAAAUUAAUUGUGUUUUUCUUAGCUGGAGUUAAUCCAUAAAAUCAGUUUUACUGAAUUGCUUUUCAGGAAGCAUUGGGGUAGCUCUGCUUUUGCCAAAGAUCCAAGCAGUGACCCAGCUCACUCCUUGGGAAUGUGGGUGGGAGCAAGCUUCAGCAAGACCUGGAGUUUUGAUUCUGUAGUUGUAGAAUGGGCAAAUGGGAGCCCAGGACUGUCUCACACUUUUCCAUUUCUGUGGAACCAGGUUCAGAUGACACUUGGAUUCAGAUAGUGGGAGGUGUCUCUACCUGUUAUGGGGGGUUGAAUCUAGGUGAUCGAUACGGUCCCUUCCAACCCAAGCCAUUCUGUGGUUCUGUGAUUCUGGCUGCUCCAGCUUACAUGUAACUGGGUGAUAAAGAGACCAAAUCAUCUCCUGUACAAAUGUCUAUGAAAAGUAGUACUUGAGCUGUAACAGCUGGUAGAGAGAGACAGUUUAUUGGCUUUUUCCUGUUAGCUUGGAUCCAGGGCCUUUUCUGAUGGUUCUGGUAGCUCAGUGAUGCUCUUUUCUCCACCAUAACCUGGCUCUGAACUGCAGACCUACUUUUUUACUCCAGUGGGAAAAUUUAAUUACUGUUUUGCUGUUGAGUUGUUAACAGCUAAUUCCACCAGCGCUGGAGUCUCCAGAGGUAAAUUCAGUUAUAAACAGGAGGCAGGCAGGGUAUGUAUGACUAAUUGACAUAAAAAGAUGCAAAUAAAUUAUAAAAGUACUGGACUGUUGAAGGGAUUUAGGUGGUUAUGUCCUGGAUUGUGAGUCCUUUGUGUAGAAGGCUGUGCUGGCAGCUGAGUGGCAGCUUUAGGCUGGUGUCUCUGUGACUGUCCCCACUGAGCUGGGGUUUAUUCAUCACAUCAGCCAUGAAUAAACUUAAAGUUCAAAGGUUUCUCCACAUUAGCAUCUGCUGCUACAUUUCAGUAGUCACCCUGGCAAUGUGCCUUUUUUGGUGUGUUUUCAAGAGGGAAGUGUGACAAAGUGAGCAAAGGGGUGAAGGGUCCCAAGUAUUUCUCUCAGCCCACGCUCCAAACCUGCCACUUCACACUGCCUGCUCCAGCACCCACAGGGUUUGGAUCCCAGCCCCAGUCACCCAGAGAAUCAUGCUUCCAUUUGGGCCUUUCUUACCAGGAAAGAUCUUUCUUGAAUGUCUCCUUCUCCUCCCCAGGGAGUACAUGCCUUUUUCUCCCCAGGCAUAGCCAGUAGCUGGGAAGGCUGUUGCACAGGGAAACCUAAGUGUGUCUCUGUCCUGGGUCAGCAUUUUCUGCAUUUCCUUUUGCUAACACAGAAGCUGAGCUCGAAGGAGAAAGUUACAUGAGUUUCCCUCACUGGAGAACUUCAGGAGGAUUUGAGGUAUUUUCAUGGUGCAGGAAAGGAGCCUUUGAAAUAAUUGGCACUGACAAAAGAUAUAUCUAACUGGGAUGACUCUUGCUCCUGGGAGCAGCUGUGAAUCAGCAGCAACUUGCUGGGAUGGUUAAUGCUUCACACUCAGGACCAGGUUCCCAGUGGCACCCUGUAAGAAGCUGGAGCUUUUCUAAUUACUUUUCCUGUUUUGCUUUUCUGUUUCUCUGUAUUUUACUAUUAAUGCAGUAUCCCCACAGAAACUUUCUCAGCUGAAGCUGCAAUAAAAGGUUUCUGACAGCUUGCACUGGGGUAAAGGUAAGCACAAUCAUGUCUUGUCAGGGCCUGUUCUAAGACUUGGGGGUUGGCAAAGCAAUAAAGAUCUCCACGCUCUGGCACAGAGCUAUUUUUGAACCUUAAAGGGAUGCCUGACAUCUUACCAUGGAAUCAAGAACUUAAUCUUAUAGAAAGGGAAUUUUUUUAAAGAUAAAAUUUCCAAGAGGUUAUAUUUGAAAUAUUUAUUCAAGUGCACUGUUCUGUCAAAGCUCAGUAUUCCCCAUGACCACUGUAAAGAGUUUGUAGAUAUAUUUAAACUCUUGAGCAUUAGUACCCGUAGCCAGGGAAGCUUUUGUACUCUGCCAAUGUAUGGAAGUGAGUUACUCAUUAUGAACCGUUCUUAUUAAAACACUGAAAUCUAAA